GAGUGCCUUCGAAUCACCCAGACCGAGUCCACGCUUUCAGGUGUACGUACUAAAUAACUAAACAACGCAGUUUGUCAAGUAUUUAUCUACUUUUCGUGUUUUAUUUUGAAGAUUUUGAUUUUUAUUACACGACAAAAAUUAAUUAAAGACUCACGUCAUAAAUUUUUUUUCAGUUAACUCCUGGAAUUAGUGUGUGAAAAUUGGUAGAUUGUCAUCAUGAUAACGAAUGACGGAAAUGUGACGUGAUCAUCAAAGAAAUUUUUAACUGUUCCGACAAAUUGUUUGUAUUUGAUAACACUCAUCUGUAAACGCUUUUUAGUAGUAUAGUCUUGUUAUAAAAGUGCUAUUGUACUUAUUUAGACGCUAAUAUUAAUUUGACAGUUGAUGAAAAAAAUAAAUAUGAGCAAGUAUUUGUAUAAAGCGAGUGGAUUUACCAUGUGGUUCAUCGUGUUAGUCAUCGCAGCUCUUCACCAGGUCACCGGUCAGUUACUCGACACAGAGUUCCAGCCAACAGUCACUGCGACCUGCAAAGAUGGAUAUAUGACAAUAAGAUUAAAUCUUAAUGACAGUUUCGUUGGAGCUCUUCAUGCGCGUGACUACAGGACUUCCCAGUGCAUGGUCGCUGGUAAUGGCUCUAAGCAAGCGACUCUUGGUAUUAAUCUUCUUGCUGUUCAUGGAGCACCUGACUAUUGUGGUGUUAUUAUCAAUAAUAGUACCGAAGAAAGAUCAUUACCAAUAGCCGUGAGAAUUCACAAGACACUAGAAUUAGCGGAUGACAAAUUUUAUGUGAUAACUUGCGGUAAAGCCGGAUUUAAAAAUGCCAAAAAUGAAACAUCUUUGGUGUCACUGCGUCUUCUGGAUUCCGGCCGUCGCGUGCAAGAGGCAAUCUACGGUCACAACUACACGCUGCGUGCAGAAAUAUCGCGACCUGACGGAAUGUACGGAAUCAGAGUAAAGUCUUGCUUCGCAUUCAACAAGCGAAACAGCAGCGUUCAGCUGAUCGACGAUCGUGGCUGUCCGGUCAAGAACCAUGUCAUCACUAAGUUUAUCUAUGAUACAAACACGGGAAUUGCUGACGCAACUCUCUACUCGAUGUUUAGAUUUCCUGAGAGUCCUCAGGUUCAUUUUCAGUGUGACAUUGCCGUCUGUCGGGGAAGCUGUGGAAUUCCGGUGUGUGAAGGUGAAGAUGACUUGGGACUAAAAGGUCCACCUGGUAAUCGUCAAAGUGUAUCAGGGGAAGAAGGAAUUUUAUUGGCUGGCACAAGUGUAUUUGUGUUAAACCCCGGAGAGACACCUGUGGUGCAGACGCUAUACGAUGACGGAGCGGUGCAUCCGCAAUGGCUGCUGUGGUUAGCCGUCGCAUUUGGUAUUCUCUUCCUCAUAAUGCUUAUCAUCAACAUACUCCUGUGCUCGGCGAUGACAUGCAGCUGCGCGAGAACGGAAAUAAUUGAAAAGGAGCCGUCGAUUAUCGAGGACUACGAUCCCUAUCGCAGUUGGCCGGGGUCUCAAUAUGGCUCCAGAUACUCGCUGAACGGUAAACCGGGCGGUUAUCCAUCCGGAGGAUCAACUAUGAACUCAACGAGAUCAAUAUCAACAAACAGUGAUCACUAUGCGAUCGUCCAGUCCCGCCCUGGCAGCAGGUACUCGGGCCCUGGACACAAGCACCACCAUCAUCAUCAUCACAGAGGACCGCCGUCUAAUAUCGGAUCCCACUAUUCAGCCAAGUGAUUUAUAUCGAGGAGAGGCUACACUCUAUAUAUAUUAUUAUAAAUUAUAAUUUAUAUCAAACUCGCUCCAUUGAGAUCAGAGAUCCCUGGCAACUCCGAGAUCUGAUGACUAUGAUCGU